AUGCGCCUCUAUCACACCGACCUCCUCUUCACGAACACCGAGUCCAACAAGACGGACAAACUCAAGAGUGGCCCUCAAUACCCGUUUGCCCACAAACUUGCACGAUGGCACUUGAGCGUCCAUCUGAAUCGCACAUUUCUAAGUGGCUUAUUAAUCUUCCAGCGCCAACAGCGCCAAAGGCAGCAGCAGGAGCAACAGACACAAACCGGAUCGCAGGUCGAGGUCCAAGCCGAGACACAAGCUGAGACGCAGCCCGAGCUGCAGGCCGAGAAUAAGAAAGCACCACCUUGA